AUGGAGCUGAGUAUGAUACGCAGGCUAUGCUCAAUCUGUUCCAUUAUUCUGGGAUAUGAGGUGGUGGAUUAUCAGGACUUGACUGCACAGGAGAUUGAUGAGGCUCUAAUUAAUUUCUCCAAGCAUCCAAAGCUCUUUAAUACAGACAGUGUGUUUGUGGUUCUCAUGUCUCAUGGAGACUUGGGAACUAUCUGUGGCUCUGACCUGAAGGACUUUGAAACUGACAAAAUUUAUGAGCGCUUAAACACAAAGAACUGUCCCGCACUAAUGAACAAACCAAAGGUCAUCAUCAUUCAGGCCUGUAGAGGAGGCCUGAACCCCCUCAGUGAGAUCAUUAACAAGACUGGCUACAGAUACCGACUAUGGAACGGAGCAGUUGUCAGCCACCUCCUGUACAUGGAUGACAUCAAGCUGAACCAGGCAGAUCUCCAGUAUGUGACAAAUUUUCAGCUUCAAAAUGACCAAGUGAGACAUGUCAGAGUUUUGCUCUAUGGCCCAGUCGGUGCUGGGAAGUCCAGCUUCAUCAAUUCUGUCAGCAAUGCCUUACGGAGAAGAAUAACCUGUCCAGCUUUGACCAACGCAAUAAAUGAACAGGAAGGAAGUUUCACCAAAAAAUAUGAAACCCACAAGAUUAAGAAAGACGGAGGGCAGUUUUACCCAUUUGUCUUCAAUGACGUCAUGGGUUUGGAAGAAGGGAGUGGACGAGGAGUGAGAGUGGAAGACAUCAAACUGGCCAUGAUGGGACAUGUGAAGGAGGGUUAUAAGUUCAACCCUGCGUCUCCAUUGUCCACGUCUGAUUCUGGCUACAACCCUUCACCUUCUCCAGAGGACAGAGUUCAUGUUGUGGUUUGUGUCCACUCUGGUAACACGACAGAAAUUAACAGCUCAGUGUUACAGAAGAUGAAAGCCAUCAAAGAGGCAGCCAGUGACUUGGGUAUUCCACAGUUAGCUCUUCUUACCAAAUUUGAUGACGCCUGUCCUGAAACUGAAGAGGACCUGAAGAAUGUGUACAAAAGCAAGCUCGUGAAGAGAAAGAUGGGAGAUCUGAGCUCAGAACUGGGGAUCCCGCUUAACUUCAUCCUUCCUGUGAAGAACUACAGUGAAGAAACACAACUGAAUGACGACAUCGACACUUUGAUCCUGAGCGCACUGAGAAUGAUGAUUGACUUUACCGCCUCUAUGUUUUACUUUGUAGCACCUCCAGCUCCACCACGUCCUCCUACACCUCCACCUUUUCCUACUCCAUCAUGA